GUUAAUAUGUUGGAACGUUGAUGGUGUUCUGCUUUUCUUUUAAUCCUCUUUCGUCGUUCAUCUUUACUGAGCUAAUGCUUGAAGUUCUCCUUCAAAAUCAGUUUGAAAAAGAAUAAAAUGCUAGAGUUGUCACUGUAAGUCCCUGUAAACUGUAUCACCCGAGUGGAAGAGCGGCGUUUCGUGGAGGAAACGGGACGUCCCUGGAAGUACUUCCACUUAUGAAAGCAGGAUUUCCUGACUGAGCUUCAAAGCAAAGAACACAGUGUACUAAACUAUCUAAGCAACCAUGCUGGCUGCAAGGCUAGUAUGCCUGAGGGCAUUAUCAUGCCAGACCAUCCGCCCCACCCUUGCUCAGGCUUCCCCAGCUUUGAGGAACUCCAAUAUAAAAGCAUACAGGCUGUGGCAGCCUAAUCAGCGUUAUGCCACCAGAGUAAGAACCGGUGUGAGGCGUGGAAAAAUUGGCCAGGAAAUUAAAGAAGCAGCAUUUGAGCCAUCUGCAGAAACAGCACUUAAAGCUGAUCGCCUGGGGAAGUUUAUUGUUGCUGGAGGGGCUGCUGUUGGCCUGGGGGCCCUCUGUUACUAUGGAAUGGGCAUGUCCAGUGAGAUUGGAGCUAUCGAAAAAGCUGUUAUUUGGCCACAGUACGUGAAAGACAGAAUUCACUCCACUUACAUGUACUUUGCGGGAAGCAUUGGCCUGACAGCACUGUCUGCUGUGGCAGUCAGUAGGACCCCGGCACUCAUGAGCCUUAUGACUAGAGGCUCCUGGCUGGCAAUAGGUGCAACUUUUGCAGCCAUGAUUGGUGCUGGAAUGCUGGUCAGGUCCAUAUCCUAUGAAGACAGUCCAGGAGCAAAACACUUGGCUUGGAUGUUGCAUUCCGGUGUCAUGGGUGCGGUGGUGGCUCCUCUAACCUUCUUGGGUGGCCCUUUGCUGAUCAGAGCUGCCUGGUAUACUGCUGGCAUCGUCGGAGGGCUCUCAACUGUGGCCAUGUGUGCUCCAAGUGAAAAAUUUCUGAACAUGGGAGGACCACUUGGAAUAGGCCUAGGCUUCGUUCUUGCCUCUUCAAUUGGAUCCAUGUUCUUGCCUCCUACUUCUGCUUUUGGUGCUGGCUUGUAUUCAGUAGCUGUCUAUGGUGGAUUGGUGCUCUUUGGCAUGUUCCUGCUCUACGAUACGCAGCACGUUAUCAAGCGUGCGGAAACUCUGCCCUAUUAUGGAGUGACCAAAUACGAUCCCAUCAACGCGUGCAUGGGUAUCUAUACAGAUACACUGAACAUCUUCAUUCGGGUGGCCACCAUGCUUGCAGGUGGUGGAGGUGGCAGGAGAAAAUAAACCAAGACUCUUCUUUGCAGCUGUCUGACAACCUACCUAGUGCACAUACUAAAUAAAAAUUCAUGGUUACAAGGAGUAUACUGCAAGUCAGAAGUUUAAAUAAUUUCAGUAUAUUGUUUCAGUGCAAUGUGAUUCAGACUUAAUAGUUUUCUUCAAACACUUUCCAGCUUUGUGUUUAAAGUGGUGCGAACUGCUUCUAAUUGUACAUUACUUGGGAAAAGUAAAUUAUUUUUAAUAUCUGAAUAAAAUAGUCUAUCUGCUUUUUAAGGGGUUUGACAGCAGUUCAACUCUUUUUUUUUUUCUGUUACUGCAUAGUAUAAGAAGUAAUUUCUAAACUGAUAUCCCAGAUACAGAUAGGGACACGAGCUACUUCAUUGAAAUGCAGUUUCAGUUCAGAUUGCAUAAAGAAUCACUUCGUGGUACAUGAAGAAGAGCUGAAAAAACUAAAUACAGCACUAAACGCAGUAAGGACUUCUACAUGGUCAGAAAUUUCAGAAAGUUUUAAGCAAUUGCCAGAAAUGUGUUGGAUUUGACAGGUGAGGUGACCAAAAUGUGUAAAUGAGAAAAGAUAAGGAAACUGUGGUAUUUUUCCCAUAUGAACUUCAGUCACUUUCUGGAGUGCAUACAAGAACUCUUUGCAUUAAAAUGUUGAUAGACUGUAAUAGCUAGGUUGUUUCCAUACUAGAUCCAUCAAACUAUUGAAUAGCAAUAGAGGUUUGUCUUUCUUCCAGAGACUAAAUUUCAGUGUUGCAGAUGAAACCCAGUCCUUCAGUUUGCACAGAAAGAGGGUAUUGAGAGUGGCCCAAGUAUCAUAGAUCUACCAUACUGUGGUAUGCUUGAGUCUGUUUAUAACUCUUCUCCAAAUUGGUGUGUUGAGUUUGGUCUAAAAGAAAUGUACCCAAUCAGUAAAAUUGGUACAACAUUAAGAAAUUUGUACUUAACAAACUCUAUUGCUAUAUGCUGGAAUAAGAGGUGAGUUUUAGGGCACAAUGAAGAUUUUGAGCUAAUGUCAACAACUCAGAUUUCCAGUUUCUGGUAAAUAUGCUAUGUUUAUGUAUUGUCUUCUGGAACAAUAAAAUUCUAGCCUCAGAA